GCCAUACUGCACUGCUGCACAAGAGACGAUAGUAAAAAUAAAUAACAACAUAUAUAUAUUUCUAAACACGUGAGUGCGGUUGAUAGACGCAAGCUUGAGAGGAAAUAGUAUAUUUGCAUAUAAUCCUAACUAUUAUUGUCGAAGUAAUAGCUUUUUUAUUAUUAAGUAUGCCUUGUGUUGUAGGAAUCGAUUUUGGUGCCACAAAUGUGUGCGUAGCCGUGGCCCGAAAGGAUGGCACAGUCGAGGUUGUUGCGAACGAUUUGGGAGACUUCGUUACUCCGGCAUGUGUGUCUUUCAAUGAACUCGAGAGUGUUGUUGGUGGACCUGCAAAGCAGCAGCUUGUGCGAAAUUCAGAGAACACAGCCACUGGCAUGAAACGUCUCAUCGGCCGGAAAUACGCAGAUCUCUCAGAUGCAGAUAAGAAACAGGCAAACUGCAAAGUAGUAAACAAGGACGGCAAGCCUCAUUACAGUGUUACAUUCAAAGAAGAGAAUGCCACAUUUACCCCUGAACAAUUGACCACCAUGCUUCUGGAGAAGGUUAAAGAGACUGCUGAGCACUUCGCAGGUGACUCCGUGUUCGAGUGUGUUAUCUCAGUUCCCGCUACUUUCACUCAAGAGCAGAAAGCGGCCCUGAAGCAGGCUGCUUUUGAUGCCAAAUUAUCCGUGUUACGAUUCAUCAACGAGCCCACCGCCACAUGCUUGCAAUACGGUAUCGGCCAGAAAGAUGGAGAUCGCAAGCGUGACAUCCACGUCCUGGUGUACGAUCUCGGAGCUACACACUUGACCGUAAAUGUGCUAUUAGUACGAGAUGGUCUGUAUCAGAUAGUAGCCACUGAGACAGUUGCUGAUUUCGGAGGAAUCUCGUUUGACACGCGACUUAUGCAGUAUUUCGCUAUGGAAUUCAUGAAAAAAAGCAAGUUAGAUAUUCGCACGAGCCCUCGCGCAAUCGCUAAGCUCAGGCUGGAAUGUGAGCGCAUCACCAACGUGCUUACUACCGCUAACUCUACUAUGGCAGCUAUCGACUCGCUUAUGGAAGGAAUGGAUCUUCACGCCAGUAUGGAUCGCGAGCGCUUCGAGACCCUUUGUGAACCCAUUUUCCAGAAAGCCUUCGAGCCUAUCGCUGCUGCAAUCAAGAAGUCUGAAUUCUCAAUGGACGAUAUUGACUACGUAAUUAUGACUGGCGGUGCCGCAAAGGUCCCAAAGCUACAAACACUAAUGCACGAGUACUUCCAGGACGUCGAUGCACACAUAGACUACCAAUACCCUACGGAUCAAGCAGUGGCCAUGGGUGCUGCCCAACAGGCCUCACUACUAUUUGGUCACUCGCACUCCGAAAGCAACAGCGAAUACGACCAAACACACGUGUUGGCUCACAGUAUCGGGUUUGAGGACUCCUACGGAAAUUUCAAGACCCUGUUGGGCGCGAAUACUGCACUACCCACGCGCAAACACUUGACCUUCAGCAUGCCUAAGGAUCAAAACGAUUUCUUACUUAGAUUAUUCGAAGGUGCCCAGAACGAGAAGAAGUGCACCGGGUGUACGCUUGUUGCAGAAAUUGCCGCACGAGAUGUUGCUGAUAAGGCUCUUCAGCUAACACUUUAUGUACGAGAGGAUUCCUCUGUUCACGUUACCCUUAUGAAUACGGAGAACGGUGAGCGUGUAUUCGAUGAGCGCUUCUAAAUUAGAAAUCUUUAGGAAGUGUAUGAUCAAAAAAUAAAUUGUACUUUAGUCCUGUGUUUGGUCUAGUUUUAAUUACUAGUAAACCAACA